CCCCAGGGAGCUUCUGUGGGUUUCCAGAUGGCAGCUCCCCCGUGGGGUGGACACCUUUCUGGCCCAGCUGGGGAGGGCUCUCAGCAAAGCGCCCCACGUCUGAAGUGCAGCUCUAGUCUACGUGCUGGGGAGAGAGACCCAGAAGCGACAGACAAAACCUGUCACUGCCCCGUCUUGUUUGUGUAGGCCGCGGGGCCGAGACAAUAAACACAGCGUGUCCGGAAGGCUCCUGCAGAAUGGCUCUGGGAUUCCCCCAGGAAGAGCCCCCACCGCCCAGCUCCUUCUUCCCCCCUGGUGGCCCUUGUUCCUUCCUUCUGGACGGGGGCCCACAGGGACGGGGAGGGUAUAUAGGGCCAGGCGGAGUGUCCAGGAGCAAGACUCCGCAGGACCGGGACUGGGCCACAGGACUCUCCCCGCCAGGUAAGGCUGUGUUUGCGCCCCACGACGGGGCCUGGCCGGGCCGGACGGGGCCCCUCUCCGAGUCCUUCUCUUCUCUCCAGGAGCCUUGGGACUCGCCUUCCAGAAGCCAUGCUGCUGAGGCUGACACUCGCCCUCCUGUGGAGCACCUGCUGGGCAACACAGAUGUACGGGAGGGGAGGAGGCCAAUACUUCAGCACACCCAGAGACCAUGAAUAUGAAAUCACCGGAAUCCGGGUGGCCGUAGGUUCCUUGGGCAUACUGAAGAGCAUCCAGGUGCGAUAUGGACCCUCCUGGACCACCGUGUCUGGUUGUCCGUCAUCCGGAACUCCACAGGAAUUCAUCCUCUAUCCGGGAGAGCGCAUCAUAGGGAUAACUGGCUCCUACAAAAUAUAUUUCCGGUCCCUGAACCUAUACACAGAUAUAGGGCGCCAUGCCACAUUCGGGAAGGACGAUGGCAACUACUUUUUCGUCUACCCCGACCAGUUCGAGAAAGUGCUCACAGGAAUCUGUGGCCAGUGCAAGCUUUUAGGCAUCACGGGCCUCUGCUUUGCGUGGGAUUAUCCUCUAGAGUUCUGGGACACGAUCCGGCAAAAUAGUACCUUACCAGAGAAAUGAGUGUUCCUGGGUCCCAGGGGUGGGGCUUGGGUCAACCUGGGUCAAUGUGGCUCGUGCUGGGCUGACGGCAGUGAGGUAGCUGAGUCUGGACCCCAAAUUUCAA